AUGGGAAACCCAUCAAAUGGGAUCGCCAUCAGACGGUUUAGCAGCAGAGCCCAGGGGCGCAGACGAGGACGGAGAAAGACCGGAAUCACACCGAUAGGCGAGAAGAUUCACCUCGAUCUCCAUCCGGACGCAUUUCGGUUGACCGUAGACAUUGACGAGCCCAUCCUUCUCAAGACGCUGACCAUGUGUAACAGUUUCGAGCAUGAUGACGACCGUGCUCGAUUCCUCCAGCAGACAUAUUCCGACCUGGGCUACAUGUAUGGCGUCCGGCAGAACCGCGCCCAGAGUUCCCAUUACUAUCGGCUCGCUCUCGAGAAAGCGAUCCAAGUGCAAAACACUGCAAACAUUGCGUCGAUACGAUGCCGCGUGGAGGCUAAGGCCAUGACCGACCACUAG